AUGUCGACCGACAGCGAGGGCCAGUUCGAAGUUGACGGCGUCAGGCUGUACUCGAAAACCUGGACGCCCACCGGCCCCGUCAAGGCCAAGCUCAUUCUCGUGCACGGAUACAGCGAGCACGUCAACACCUACAAUGACUUCAUGCCUCUCCUGGCAGCGCGGGGCAUCAAGGUCUUCAGCUGGGACCAGCGUGGAUGGGGCCGGUCAGCCCGGGGGGCGUCCGAGUACGGGCUCACGGGUAACACGGACCGGGUGCUGGCCGACAUUGCAGCCUUCGUGCAGGACAAGCUGAAGGCCGAUCCGGUCAAGGUGCCGCUCUUCGUCAUGGGACACUCGAUGGGCGGCGGCGAGGUAUGCACGCUCAUGGGGGACACGCGCUACAGCGACCUCGUCAGCCAGGUGCGCGGCUGGGCCCUCGAGUGCCCGUUCAUCGGCUUCACGCCCGAUGCGGAGCCGAGCGUCCUCAAAGUCUUUCUCGGUCGCCUGGCCGGCCGCGUAUUCCCCCGUCGGCAGAUGAAGAAUGUGAUUCCGCCCGAGAACAUCACGCGCGAUCCCGCAGCCGUCGAGGCCAUACGCAACGACCCCCUCUGCCACAACACGGGCACCCUCGAGGGCCUCGCGUCCAUGCUCGACCGCACAAACCUGCUCGCCUCGGGUACGGUCCAGGUCGGCAGCAACGUCCAGAGCAUCCUCCUGCAGCACGGCACCGGCGAUCUUACGUGCAGCUACGAUGCCGCGGUUCGUUGGGUGGAUCAGCAGACCAAGGUCACGGACAGGGUCACCAAGAGCUACGAGGGGGGCUACCACCAGCUCCACACGGACCUCUGCAAGGCCGAGUUCACGGCCGACCUGGUGGCGUGGAUUCUGGAGCGCAGUGAAAAGGUCGAGGCUAAGCUUUGA